AUGAGUCUUACCGACAGGCUUUGGCGGAAAGUAAAUUCCAAUCUUGCGGAUUUCAAUUCAUGGGUUAAUUUACUUGAUGCAGCUGAGAAGCAGCCAAAUAUUGACGUUACGCGCAAGGCCUUUGAUGCCUUUUUAUUGCACUUUCCUUACUGUUAUGGAUACUGGAAAAAGUAUGCUAACGUCGAACGUCACCUGGGCAACAAGGAUCGUUGCUUAAAGAUCUUUGAGAUGGGCGUCCAGGCCAUCCCUUUAAGCAUUGACUUGUGGGUGGCUUACCUGGACGCAAAUCUGGAGAUUAUUCAUGGACAGGAUGAUUACGAAAUACGUAUGCGCAGUCUUUAUGAAGUGGCUCUGGAAAAGGCGGGUCUUGAGUUCCGUUCGGACCCUCUUUGGGAACACUACAUAAGCUGGGAGUCCGGUCACAAUCGUUUGGGGCGCGUUUUGGCCAUCUAUGAUCGUCUUCUGCGCACGCCGACUCAGCUCUACUUUCAAAAUUGGGACAGCUUUAAGAAGAUGAUUGAGGAGAACCGACCUGAAGACUUCUUGCCAUUGGGAGAGUUCGCUGAACUCUUGGCUAGAGUUUCUCCUGUCGCUGGCACCGCAAUGCGUAUAGCUUUGAGUGAUCCCAAUUCGGCUCCCUUAUCUAUUCCAGAUAUUACUGAUGCUGAUCGUAAUGCAAUUCGGAAACUGGUUAUUGAUCGUCGUGAGAAGGUCUAUCAAGCAACGUACCUACAGAUCAUGAAGCGAUGGUUUUUUGAGGAAAAGAUCCGUCGUCCCUACUUCCACGUUAAGCCGUUGGAGGAGGCGCAGCUCAAUAACUGGUCGGAGUACCUCAGUUUUGAGGAGUCUGAGGCUGCCAGUGCGGAGGCCCUCUUAGCGGUGCCAACGACAGAUGAUUUUUCCGCCGCGCAGAUUACCCUUGCGGACGUUCAGUUAGCUAAAAAGCGUGUCCGCGUCCUCUAUGAACGUUGCCUCGUCGCGUGUGCUCUCUAUGAGCAUAUGUGGAUUCGCUAUGCCAAAUACCUCGAGCGCUCGCUGGCUGAUGUGCUGGCUCUUCAGACACUCACUACCAACGUCAACUCGUCCAUUUCCUUCACUGCUUUCGAUGGCCUAUCAGAUGACUCAGAGCCGAUUAUUCUUAAACCAUUUACAGAGCAGGAUAUUCGGAGUGCAAGGGAGGUGUGGCGUCGAGCAUGCGGAGUGCAUUUGCGCGCCAAACCCACCAUACACUGGCAUUGGGCUCUCUUCGAGGCACGCCAUCCUGCUGAAUUGGAUGAAAAUAAUGGUGAUUGUAAGGAGGUUGUCAAGUCUCUCACCCCAUUGGAAAUACUUACGCAACUUGAGGAACGUCUGAUUGACAGUGCCCUUGUCUGCGCUCGUCGUGCUGACGCCAUGCGUCGCGAAGGAAAGCCGCUCCUCGAUCUGAUUGUGUGUCUGCGCUCGGGCAUAAAUCGUUUGCGUGUGCGUGCCACUGAACAGACAAGUCUCGCGCAUACCGUCACUGGUGCCACUGCCUCUUUCUCGGCUGCCAUUGCUCUAGCAACCGCAGCUCAGGCAAGGGCGGGAGCCAGCUACCUGGCUAGCAAGUUGGCUCGCCUACUACAUCGCAAUGUGGACAAUCUAGUACCUCCAGAGGGACUUCCAGUCUGGCAACUCCUCUUGAAAUCCUCCUACAAACCCACCAGUGAGAUUACCAAGACCACCUCUAACUCGAGCUUGAUCAAGGAAGAAGGCGAACCGGAGCUAGUGCCUUCAGUCGAAGCAGUAACUGAGGAGCCUAAGAAAGGACCACCUGAAGUAGUAAUUGAUGUGGCAACUAGUGCAGAGGUGGACCAACAAAAUGAAGAGGAGGAAGAGAUGGAGGUGGAAGAUGUGGAGCAAAAUGAGGCUCCCCAGGAAUCCGUGAACGCUACAUCCACAAAGAUGGAUUGUGGUGACGCAAGCGUAGGCUCUGACUCGCCUCCAGUUGUAAUUGGACGCAAGAAGAGUGCCUCGGUCGGUGGAGCUUCUAAGUCUGCUCAGGGUUGCAAGAGGACGCUGGAAGGGACAGAGGUUCCGGCCACAUUGGCAGCCCCGGAGAGCAGUGGUGCAGGUGGAGAAGGUGAAGACGAGGGAGUAGAGCCGCAGGCGAAGAGGAAACGUCGCUCUCGUUGGGGCGACGUGGAGGGCGAGACGGACCGUGACUUGGCGAACCUGCGUGCGGCAGAGGCUGCAGCGGAGGCGGAGCGACUAGCACGCGCUGAUCGUGAACAGCGUGCCUAUGCCUCAGAACGCGCGGCCAUAACUAACGUCUGUCCGCCCUCUGAUCCCUCAACUUUGCCAGAAGAUCAGCGCCGCCUUAUCUCACCUGAGGAUGCAGCUCUUGCAGUCCUUCGUGAUGCCAUUGAUUUUGAUCCGCGUAAUGAGCGCCUGUACGCACAGCUGCUGGAUAUAGCUUACCAGCGUCGGCCCCUCGAUGUGGAUGGUUUCGUGGAAUUUGCCAACCUUGCAAUUGUAGACUCCAUCCUCCCCGCCACGAUUAAAUUGGCCUUUGCGCAACGCAAACUUCAGUACCUCGAGGAAUUCGGCAGUGACAUCAAUAAGAUCUCGGCCGCAUUUGAUGAGUAUGUACAGUUGGCGCAGCUAGUGGUCCAGUGCACCAAUACCGGCGCUAGGGAUACAGUAGAAGAUAUUAAAAAGCAGCAGCAACAACAACAGCAGUCUACCGGAGUGGACGCUUCCAUGGCCUACACUACACCUGAUCUGUUAAAUGUUACACUCCCGGCCCCAUUGCGUCCUUCUGCACGUCGCAACCCCGUACCGAAUGGUCCGGUGCGUCGGAUGCCGCAGAUGGAUAUCGGAGCUGCUAUCCUGGCGGACGCGGCAGCAGUUGGCACCCCACUACCGCCUCCAUCGUCCGCGGAUACUGCCGCCGCUAUUCGUUUCACUGCUGGUGCCUACGAACCUCUGGCAGGAGCCUCUGCUGGCUGUCUCCCUCCUCCCGCACCCACUAUGGUCCCCAUCGCUGCUGGUGCUCUCCCUGGGACACAAGCUGAGACCUCGGAAUGGGGCUUUCAGGCUAGCAAAUGA